CACCCCACACGCAGACACUGGCUGCCUGGUCUGAAGGAGCCUCUCGGCAGCAGAGCAGCCCCCGGCGAAGGAGCAGCAGCAGCAAAGAGUGGGGAAAGUUGUCCCCCCCCUUCCCCCUCAGGAGGCAGAGCCAUGGGCUGCAGCGGGGGACUGCGGGCUGCCCGCUCCGCGCUCCUGGCGCUGCUGCUCGGACUCUCUGCCCCGCCGUGGCUGCAGGCGGAGAAGCUGGGGGAUGGAUGUGGACACAUGGUGGUAUAUCAAGACAGUGGCACUCUGUCAUCCAAGAACUAUCCUGGGACUUACCCCAACUAUACAGUUUGUGAAAAGAAAAUUCAAAUACCUCAGGGAAAACGACUGAUCUUAAAAAUUGGAGACUUAGAUAUUGAAUCCCAAAAAUGUGAAUCUAACUACCUUACCAUUCUUAGCUCUUCAACAAUAUAUGGACCAUACUGUGGCAAUAUGAUGCCUGGUCCUAAAGAAAUUAUCUUGGAUACUAAUGAAGCAACUAUUCGCUUUGAGAGUGGGUCCCAUGUAUCCGGACGGGGCUUUCUGUUAUCCUAUGCCAGUAGUGAUCAUCCAGAUCUAAUCACAUGUUUGGAGAGAGCAAACCAUCACGUGAAGAACGAAUACAGCAGAUACUGUCCUGCUGGUUGCAGAGACAUAGCAGGUGAUAUUUCUGGGAAUAUAGUGGAAGGAUACAGAGAUACCUCCUUAUUGUGCAAAUCAGCCAUACACGCAGGUGUUGUUGCAGAUGAGCUGGGUGGCCAGAUCAAUGUGAUUCAGCAGAAAGGAGUAAGUCGAUACAAAGGCAUCCUGGCCAAUGGCAUCCUUUCACAGGACGGCUCACUCUCAGACAAGCGGUUUGUGUUUACCUCAAAUGGCUGCAAUAAAUCCUUGAGUUUGGGAGAUGGAUUCAUCCCCAACAGCCAUAUUACAGCAUCGUCCUCUUGGGAAGAGACCAGUGAAAUUGGGGAAAGUGUUCAGUGGUCUCCUGACAAGGCCUGGCUUCAAGUCCAAGGGAUUUCAUGGGCUUCCAACCAUAGCAGCCACCGGGAGUGGUUGGAAAUAGACUUGGGAGAGAAAAAGAGAAUAACGGGGAUUAGGACUACAGGAUCUACUAUGCUGAAGUUUAACUUUUAUGUAAAGACCUUUAUUAUGAACUAUAAAAAUAACAACUCAAAAUGGAGAACUUACAAAGGAAUCCUAAGCAAUGAAGAAAAGGUAUUCCAAGGCAACUCUAAUUAUGGGGACGUAGUACGUAAUAAUUUUAUACCUCCUAUGGUGGCCCGAUACGUGCGGAUCAUUCCACAGACCUGGCAUCAAAGAAUAGCAUUUAAGGUGGAGCUGAUUGGUUGUCGAAUAAUGCAAGCUAACAACUCAUUUACUCACCCAAUGUGGCAAAGACCAAGUCAAAGCACAGGUGUAGCGGUUGGAAAAGAAGACAGAACCAUCACAGAACCCAUCCCAUCAGAAGAAACCAGCUUAGGGUUAAAACUUACAGCUAUAGUUGUCCCGGUCUUAGUAGGGCUGUGUCUGUUCCUGCUCUCUGGGAUUUGUAUCUGUGCAGCCAUACGAAAGAGAGAGACAAAAGGAGGUGCUUAUGGUUCAUCUGAUGCACAAAACCCAGGUUGUUGGAAACAGAUCAAGCAGCCCUUCGUCAGACAUCAGUCAACGGAAUUUACCAUCAGCUAUAAUAAUGAAAAGGAGACUCCGCAAAAGCUGGAUCUAGUCACAAGUGACAUGGCAGAUUAUCAGCAGCCUCUCAUGAUCGGAACUGGGAUGGUAACAAGAAAAGGAUCCACAUUCAGACCAAUGGACACAGAGGAUGAGGAGAAGAAAGAUAGUUCAGUGAUCGAGAACCACUAUCACUGCCCGCACAGAGCUAGCCGUCAUGAAUAUGCGUUGCCCUUGACCAACCAGGAGCCUGAAUAUGCCACCCCUAUUAUAGAGAGGCAUCUAGGAAGAGAGAACACUUUUCCCUCUGAAAUUAACUACAAUGUACCUGUAAUUUCUUCGGCUCAUGAACAUUCCCUUUCUGCUGGCAGUUUCAGUAAUUCGGGUAGGACCGAUGUCAGGAAUGGGGACUAUCAAACACCGCAGAGUCUAAUCAACUAUGAUAAACCUAAAGUUAACUGUGUUUUGACCUCAGUGGGCUACAGUACUGACUAUCAGAAACCGCAAACUAAUUCACUGGUGAAUGAGGGUUAUUCAACGCCCAGAGACUGCCUAAAACCAAUAAACCAGACAGCAAUGACAGCACUCUUGUGACUUGCUGAGUUGAGAGAUUUGCUGCUCUAGUGAACAAUGUUCCUAUAUAGCUACUGGAAUGAAUGUAUUAUAGUUUAAAAGGAUCCCACUCCAGCAGCUAGAAGACAAACUCAGCCUGUGUACAUAAUAUUGCAGUUCUGUUGUGUUCUGACACUUGAAGACCAGAGUACACUGAUAAUCACUGACUAUAGCAAGAGAAAAUUAUCAGUGAAGACUCUGCUUUCUGUAACUGAUUUGUAAUAUGUGCAAUUUGUACAUAGUUUUUAUUUAAGAAAAAUAACUGAGUUUCCUUUCGUCUGUUUUGUUCUAUGUAUUUAAAUAGUAGGGAAAACAGCUGUUGCAGAAGUUCUUGUACAAAAAAUCUUUUGGUCAUCUGAACUUUAUUUUAUCUUCUGUUGUGUUAGCAGUCUUAAACUGUAUUCUCCUAUGGCUGUGGUGGUUCAUUUCCUUUCCCAGGGUAGCUGGAAAUAAGGCAUUUUAAUAGUUUUAUUCUUGAAGAGCAGAAGAAAUAAAACUACUUGAAGCAUAAAUGUGCACAAGAGGGUGGAUGAGCAAUUCAAUGUGAUACUCAAACCAAACUUAGCAGCUACUUUUUUAGUAGCAGUCUUUACAUGCUUGAAUUUAAUUUGAUAUUAGGAUGCAAGAUGAGUCUGUCCAUGUUAUUGUUUAUGUUAAAGACAAGUGGAAAAGAUUGAAACCAGUCUUGGUUCAAGCAGAGUGUUUUUCGUUGUGGUGAUCACUGAACAUCAUCUUUUUUGGAAUAUACAAAAUCUACAUCUGUGAAUCUGGCUUUUCAAGAAGUGUCUGUAGAGCUAAAAUGUGAAUUAGGACAAUUUACAAGCAGCGUAAGUUUUAAACGUUUCAUUGAACUCUUGGGUUAUUUUUCUUUUAAGUUCAGAGUUUUGCCCCUUCUGUCUGAAGUACACCUCUACCCCGAUAUAACGCGACCCGAUAUAACACGAAUUCGGA